AUGUCUUCAGUCUUUGUAUCGAUCGCUCGUGGGGCACGCAUGCACACCAGUGCAGUGGUGCGUCUCCGCACAUCCCAGACCGCCUAUUCCGCCGUCAAGCCAGGCUCGGAAAGCGAAGCCACCACUCCCGGAUCAGCCUCUGUAAGCGACCCCCUCUUCCCACUGCCGCACAUCCAUCUACUGACGCUUUUGGCGGCGAUGCAGACCGAGGAGAUCGCACACAGCAGCAGCGCAUACGACUCUACCACAUCGCGCCCCGACACGGCUGCCGACCAAAUUCAGUCGGAGACCGGCGCCGACAUGGACUCGUCCAGCGCCAAGCGCCAAGCUUCCCAUCUAGCCACUGCCGACCCCAACCAAAAGACCAAAGCCACCUCAGAACGCAAGCCGCGCAAUGCCAAACCUUGA